UCGGGCACCGGAGCGGCACAGCCGGGACGGCGGCUCUGCGGCGCGGGAGCUGCUUGCCCGCGGCUCGUCCCCCCGCUGCCGUCGGAGCGGAGCGGAGCGGGGCGGAGAGGCGGCGCCGCCACCGCCGUGCGCGGCCCCGGCACCUGCCCGAGCUGGAACACUCACAGCUUUCCCUAGAGGAUUAUAAGUUUGAUAUUCAGAAGACUGAAGGAUGCCAUCUGAAAGGUGCCUGAGUGUUCAGGAAAUGCUGACAGGUCAGAGGCUUUGUCAGUCCAGCUCCCACAAUGAUGCUGUCCUGGCAGCUCUGAACCAACAAAGAAGUGAUGGCAUUCUUUGUGAUAUUACCCUUAUUGCUGAAGAGCAGAAAUUCCAUGCACAUAAAGCAGUCCUGGCAGCCUGCAGUGACUACUUCCGAGCGAUGUUCAGUCUCUGCAUGGUUGAGAGUGAAGCUGAUGAGGUGAAUUUGCAUGGUGUCACAAGCCUUGGUUUAAAACAAGCCCUGGACUUUGCAUAUACUGGACAGAUCCUCUUGGAACCAGGGGUGAUACAGGACGUCCUAGCAGCUGGGAGUCAUUUGCAGCUACUGGAGCUUCUCAGUUUAUGUUCUCACUAUCUCAUUGAGGAAUUAAAUAGUUUUAAUUACUUGGACCUGUACAAGCUUGCGGAUCUUUUCAACCUCACUUUGUUGGAGAAUGCAGUCAUUGGCUUCUUAGUAAAACAUCUCUCUGAGCUAUUGAAGAGUCAUCCUGAGGAAGUUCUGGCACUCCCAUACUGUCUUCUUCGAGAGGUUUUUAAAAGCGAUAGACUCACUUCACUCAGUGAAGAACAAAUCUGGCAGCUGGCUGUGAGGUGGUUGGAACACAACUGCCGCUACCAGUAUCUGGAUGAACUCCUCCAGUACGUCCGCUUUGGCCUUAUGGAUGUGGAUACACUGCAUACUGUAGCUCUCACUCAUCCUCUCGUCCAAGCCAGUGAAACUGCGACAGCGCUCAUUAACGAGGCCUUGGCUUACCACCAGAGCGUCUAUGCACAGCCGGUUUGGCAAACUGCAAGGACAAAGCCUCGCUUCCAGUCAGAUACUCUUUAUAUUAUUGGUGGGAAAAAACGAGAAGUCUGUAAAGUGAAGGAGUUGCGGUACUUCAAUCCGGUAGACCAGGAGAACGUUCAUAUCGCGGGGAUCGCCAACUGGAGCGAGCUGGCGCCUAUGCCUGUGGGGAGGAGCCACCACUGCGUUGCUGUCAUGGGAGACUUCCUUUUUGUAGCUGGUGGAGAGGUAGAGCACUCCACAGGGCGCACGUGUGCCGUGAGAACUGUCUGUCGAUACGACCCCCGCACUAACUCCUGGGCGGAGAUAGCUCCGAUGAAGAACUGCCGGGAACACUUUGUGCUGGGAGCCGUGGACGAGUACCUCUAUGCCGUAGGGGGCAGGAACGAAUUGCGUCAAGUGUUGCCCACAGUCGAACGCUACUGCCCCAAGAAGAACAAGUGGACCUUUGUACAGUCCUUUGAUCGGUCACUCUCGUGCCAUGCGGGAUAUGUGGUGGAUGGUCUUCUUUGGAUAUCAGGAGGAGUAACAAAUACUGCACAAUAUCAAAAUAGACUCAUGGUCUAUGAUCCUAAGCAGAACAAGUGGUUAAGCCGCAGCCCGAUGCUGCAGAGGAGAGUGUACCACUCCAUGGCCGCUGUCCAGAGGAAGCUGUACGUGUUAGGUGGGAACGACCUCGACUACAACAACGAUCGGAUCCUGGUCCGUCACAUCGACUCCUACAGCAUAGACGCCGACCAGUGGACCCGUUGCAGCUUCAACAUGCUCACAGGUCAAAAUGAGUCUGGAGUUGCUGUCCACAACGGUAGAAUAUAUUUAGUUGGUGGCUAUUCGAUUUGGACAAAUGAGCCUUUGGCAUGUAUCCAGGUGCUGGAUGUUAGCAAGGAGGGGAAGGAAGAGGUAUUCUAUGGGCCUACGCUCCCCUUUGCUUCCAAUGGAAUAGCAGCCUGCUUUCUUCCAGCUCCUUAUUUCACAUGCCCCAACCUUCAGACUCUGCAAGUGCCUCACCACAGGAUCGGCACGAUGUGACACAUUCCUCGCGCUUCACGGAAUUGGAAGUGGAGGAGGAAAACAUCAAACCCUGUGUAUAGAAGGGUUUCUCUGGGUCAGUGAGAAGAAUCAAUCCACUUGGGCUGCUGCUUUGCCAUCACACAUUUGUCUUAAAGUCAGAUCACAGCAGGCAGGCAGGAAGUUCCAAAACCUGCGUGCGGUUUCUCGCCUUGGCCUCAGGCGCAGCAGCAGACGCGUGAGCGCGUUGUGCAUUUCUGCGGUGACCACUUGCUACGUGUCCUCUUCAUUUCCUUAUGCAACUUCAUCAGGCAUUGUGGAUGCUCUCAGCUCUUCCUGGGCCGCUGCUCUUUGGAGUCUGCACAUUCUGUUGCUCACCAAUGACGCUUUCAAAGACAAUAAAAAAGCUCUGUUUAUGUUGACAAACAUGAUAUAAUACUGUGCUAAUUAUGCAACUUACUCAAUACCUUUGGCAAAAAGAAUAACAAAUGUGUUGACUUCCAAUUUCGAACUCCAUCGUUUACAGUUUCUCAUUUAAUAAUACUUCAUUUGAAAUUUAAAUACUUCAAAACAGAUUAAAACAAAAAUAAAAAAACAAGCCCUAUAGGAUGAGGAACAGAUAAAAAUUGUCUCAGCUGAAAGGCAAAGAAAAUGAAGCCUCACGGUUAAACUCAAGUCUGAACUGAAUGUGUUUGUCUGACAAUCUAAAGAUUGUUUAGGAUGUCAUUUACCAAGGUCUACUACCAAAUAAAUGUUACCUUCUGUCAUAUGAUCAAUUCUUCCUGACAGCUGCAGUCUUCUAAUGGUGGAGAUCAGCCUCUUUACUGUAUAAUUAAAAUGUGCCAUUUACUUAAUAUUUUUAAUAUCCAGUUUGCAAGGGGUCACCACAUUUACAAUUAUCAAUGAACAGUCUCAUUUUGUCCAACAUAUGGUCCCACAAAUCACUGGCCUCCAGAGGCUAAACAGGUGUAGAACAAUGUCAAUAUUUAUUUAUUUAUUCUUUCAGUUUAUAUAGCGUGUCUCCAUUCCACUCUCUAGGCAUAUGCCAGCUCACAGCAAAUACUCUAACCCAGUAUAUUUUGGCUUUGCUUGGCUCCUGCAGUCCUUGUCUCUUAUCUCUGUGUUUUAUUUACAUAUUGAACAAAAAUGUCAAUGUUUGUAAAUAUUAACCAAGCAUGUAAUUAAAUCUUACUCUAUUUCUGAUUUAUGGAUACUCUGCACUUCUCUGCCUCACCUACUGAUCAGCUCCCUGCCACUGUGCUGCUUGAGCAGACCUGUCAAAUUCCUGCUGAUGCUCCUGCUAAUGCCACAUGUGGAAUGUGCUGCAGCAGUAGCCUGUGCCUGCUGGACAGGAACAGGUUUGACUUUGUCCAGUGAGCAGUGCUUUCUAACCAAAACUAUCUUUUAAGGGUCUGAUUACAGGGAGGUAACUUUAUUAUAAUUUCUGUCUCCUGCUGGGCAGUGUACU